ACGCAGUGCAUAAGUCGAUAUCCACCCGUCGAUAUUCCGUAUUCACUCGUAUGCAGCGCUAUAUUUACAUACUCAGAAUAUAUCCUAUGUAUUAAACAUGUAUUACUCAAGAUCGUCCGCUCCCCCCGAUGCAUCCAUCAACCAGCUGCCAGCACGGGGCCGAAGAAAGCCCAUAAUUCGCCCUAAUGACUGAACAUGCUCCAAGACAUCAAGACAGAUAAAGACAUGCUCGGAGUCUUUACAAAUCUCGCUCUCAACACUCUUUUCCUAACCUCUCUUUGUCUUCCUCCGAGCCCGCACUUCCACUCUGGACGCGUACACGACCUAAUCACUACAGAGCAAUCCCGCGGCUUUCCCGAGGCUUCGCAGUAAGUAUGCCCCGCCUGUCCGCCCAUCCGGGGAUGCAGAGGCGGUCUCCGAACCAGAAAUAAUAAAAAAGAAACUCAAGAAAGAAAAGAAAAGAGAAAAUACCACGAGAUAAAAGAUGCGGAAUUCACGUCAUUACACACCGA